UAUUUAUUCAGGUAUUCAUUAAACGGUGCGUUUGGGUUGGGCUCUGGAAAACUAUUCUAGGGUUUAAAUUAGGUUGAUCUCACUCCGACGAAGAAACAACCACUUUCAAUUCUACCAACUCUUCGGAUUUUUUUCUCUCUAUUCAUUCAAUCAAGGGUUUGGUUAAAAAAUGCGGAGGAACAGUCCAGGUUACUACAGUCCUCCCCGUAGAGGAUACGGCGGAAGGGGGCCUAGUAGAAGCGGUUACGGUGGUGGUGGUGGUGGCGGCGGAGGAGGUGGUAGAGGUAGGCGCAGAGAGAGUAACAAUGGAAGUCUUUUGGUGAGGAACAUUCCUUUGGAUUGUAGAGCUGAGGAACUUCGAGCUCCUUUUGAACGAUUUGGACCGGUUCGUGAUGUCUAUAUACCAAAGGAUUAUUACUCUGGUGAACCUCGAGGCUUUGCAUUCGUUCAGUUUGUGGAUUCAUAUGAGGCCUCUGAGGCGCAGUACCAUAUGGACAGACAAAUUUUUGCUGGAAGAGAAAUAUCUGUAGUUGUGGCUGCAGAAACAAGGAAAAGGCCAGAGGAGAUGAGGCAUAGGACUGGUAGGCCCAGAGGACCAGGGAGCUAUGGGGGGCAAAGGUCUUCCUACCAUGGGCGUUCUCGAUCUCGCUCAAUUUCCAGAUCAAGAUCACCUCCAUAUCACUCUGGGUCUAGAAGCCGCUAUCGAUCAAGGUCCAGGUCCUUCUCUCCUCCCCCAAGAAGGCAAGGUGAUUAUUCUGUUUCCCCUAGAAGGCAUGUAGAACGCCCUAGAUCACCUAGAAGCCCUCCAAGAAGUCCUCCUGUGGAACGAGAUGGGGAUCAUAAACGCAGGUCGUAUUCUCCCGCUUUUGACAAUGGUGCUGAUCAGGAUCAAAGCAAUGGAUAUACAGAGAAAUCUAUGUACAAAUCUGAGGCUGAUCGAGGUCAGUGGAAGUCAUCCGGACAAAGAACAUCUAGAUCACCCCCUGGAUCUAGGUCAAGAUCUGCUGAAUUGUCACCUAGACGAGGAAGAUGAGGUUGCACUUGAGAUUUGUUGGCAAUGUGCUACUGGGAUUAUGUACAUUUCCUUCAAUUUACCUGAAUAUUUAUAAAAACCUGUAGACUGCUUAAAAGUUUGAGUAUUAUGAUGGAUGAAUGUAUAAUCUUUAAGCUUAUUUACUGGCGUGAACGUGAGGCUUUUUGGACCUGUGAACUUUUAUGCGGUAAAACUUUAACCAGAAUGAUGGGCUAUUUUAAGGAUCUGUGUUUUUAUUUUUCA